UUUUAUAUGAAUAUCAAUUUUAAUUUUGUUUUUCAAAUUUUUUUGGUGGCGGCGAUUCAGCGAUAUUCUGGCGAUGGCUGCUCCGCCGGCGAGGGCCCGCGCCGAUUACGAUUACCUCAUAAAGCUCCUCCUCAUCGGCGACAGCGGUGUGGGUAAGAGUUGCCUUCUUUUGCGUUUCUCGGAUGGGUCCUUUACAACUAGUUUUAUUACAACCAUAGGCAUUGAUUUCAAGAUAAGGACCAUAGAGCUUGAUGGAAAACGUAUUAAAUUGCAAAUCUGGGAUACUGCUGGUCAAGAGCGUUUUCGGACAAUUACAACUGCUUACUACCGAGGAGCCAUGGGUAUUUUGCUCGUGUAUGAUGUCACUGACGAGUCAUCUUUUAACAACAUCAGGAAUUGGAUACGUAACAUCGAACAACACGCCUCUGACAAUGUCAACAAGAUCCUUGUGGGUAACAAGGCUGAUAUGGACGAAAGCAAAAGGGCUGUCCCCACCUCGAAGGGCCAAGCUCUUGCUGACGAAUAUGGCAUUAAGUUCUUCGAGACUAGUGCAAAGACAAAUUUAAACGUGGAGGAGGUUUUCUUUUCAAUAGGUAGGGAUAUCAAGCAAAGACUUGCAGAUACUGAUUCGAGGGCUGAGCCUCAGACAAUCAAGAUUAACCAACCAGACCUGGCAGCCGGGUCUGCUCAAGCAGCUCAAAGAUCAGCUUGUUGUGGUUCUUAAGCAAAGCUAUAUCGAAGAUGAGAUUAUGGGUAACUUUUCGAAACAACCAUCCCAGUGGGGAAAAACUGAUUUUGCUAGGACUAUGUCAGUGAUCCUUGUAUUUUUCUCUUAUCAUUAUUAUUUCAUAUUUACUUCUGGGUGUGAAAGAUAGACCUCCUAUUUUGUGAAAUUAAUUAUAUAUUAGUUGAUUUUCUCUUAA